CCGGGGGGCGGGGUCCGGCCCUGAAAGCGGCCCCCUCCCGGAGCGAGGGGCUCUUCCGCCGCGCCCCUCCUUUCCCUGGACGCUGGUGUCCCCCCCAGCCCGCCCCUCCCCCGGCACAUCCUCCCAAUCGAGGGGGCGCCCCAUAACUGAGCCCUGGGGCAGGAUUGCAGAAUUUCAGGAUGUCCUUGGGGAACCCGAGAUUGUUCUGCAGAAGCUCCGUGAACUCUGCUUUAGUGGGAUUCCUUUUGAUGGUGGGCUGCGCUGCCUCUGCUGGAAGAUCCUCUUGAACUACCUCCCUGUGGAGAAGGCCUUAUGGAGCACCUUGCUGAAGAAGCAGAGGGAGCUGUAUUCCCAAUUCCUGAAGGAAAUGAUUAUUCAGCCUGGGAUAGCGAAAGCCAACCUUGGUGUCUCCAGGGAGGAUGUGACCUUAGAGGACCAUCCACUCAAUCCGAACCCAGACAGCCGAUGGAACACUUACUUCAAGGACAACGAAGUGCUGCUGCAGAUAGACAAGGAUGUCAGGAGGCUGUACCCUGAUAUGGCAUUCUUCCAGCGCCCAACUGACUACCCUUGCUUGCUAAUCCUGGACCCCCAGAAUGAGUUUGAGACUCUCCGCAAGCGGGUGGAACAGACGACACUCAAGUCACAGACAGUGGCACGAAAUCGGAGUGGAGUCACAAAUGUGAGUUCCCCUCUUAAAACAUCUGCUCCGAAUUCAUUGAAUGAGUAUGAAGUUCUGCCUAAUGGCUGUGAAGCUCACUGGGAAGUGGUAGAACGAAUCCUGUUCAUCUAUGCCAAGCUGAAUCCUGGGAUCGCAUAUGUCCAGGGGAUGAAUGAAAUAGUGGGGCCUCUUUACUAUACCUUUGCUACAGAUCCCAACAGUGACUGGAAAGAACAUGCAGAAGCAGAUACAUUUUUCUGCUUCACCAACCUAAUGGCUGAGAUCCGGGACAACUUCAUUAAGAGCCUGGAUGAUUCUCAGUGUGGCAUCACUUACAAGAUGGAGAAGGUUUACUCCACCCUGAAGGAGAAGGAUGUGGAGCUGUACUUGAAACUGCAAGAGCAGAACAUCAAGCCCCAAUUCUUCGCCUUCCGUUGGCUGACGCUGCUGCUGUCCCAAGAGUUCCUGUUGCCAGACGUCAUCCGUAUCUGGGAUUCUCUCUUUGCCGAUGACAACCGCUUUGAUUUUCUAUUGCUUGUCUGUUGUGCCAUGUUGACACUAAUCCGAGAUCAAUUACUGGAAGGGGACUUCACUCUGAACAUGAGGCUGCUACAGGAUUAUCCCAUCUCUGAUGUACACCUGAUUCUGAAGAAAGCGAAGGAGCUUCAGGACUCCAAAUAGUCCAUAGGCCUGGCAGUGUGCGUGAGAGAAACUGUGCAGUAGUGUAUCCUAGGAGACUCCUUCCUAUAUGUGGUGCGUCGUCAGAGCUCCUACAAUCUCUGCUGGGCAUUUGGUUUUGUGUUCCAGUAAUUGGCCUUCUUGAAGACUUCCUUCUACUCUAUUAGGUCAAGGACUGCCUAUUUCCCCAGCUAGUCAGGUCCUGCACUCCAGGUUUUCCUAAUCUCAAACAACUCCACACUGCCUGAGCAGUGCUUUGUAUUUUUUUAAUGACUAAGUUUGGGAAGAUGGAAAUUGUUUAGCUACAUAUCUCUUGAAGUCUUAUGAAAUGAACUUUUGUGAUCAUAGCAUUAUGGAAGCAUGUGCUCGUGCACAGGAACUUCUGCAUUAGGGGAAGGGACAGGCUGGGACCAGUGGGAUUUUGGUGAGUAUAGAGAGAAGAACGUCUCCAUGUAAAUACAACAUGUCACUUUGAUGUCCUGCAUCCGGCUGGUUUGAGUAGCUGCUGGAUUUUGUUCCUUUCUGUCUGCAUCUUCUCAUUUCUUUUGGGUGCACAAAAAAAGUCCAGUUUCCUCCUGGUGGGUGGCAGAUGUGGAUUCAAAACAGCAGAGUCUCUUCCAUGGGAAAGAGACUUUAAAAAGCUGGAAUGGGAGAAUGCUAUUGCCGCUGGCUGCUUUGUGCAGUGAGAUUAUUUGCUCUCCAGUAGAGUCUGCCCCAGGAUUGCCUUAUCAAGGAGUUGUCUCCUUGGUGCUGAGUUUACUUGGAAGUUGGAACUAGAUAUGUGGUUUUAAUCAGUGUAGUUCAAAGAAGCCUUAUAUUACUCACAGCCUUAGAGCAGGGUCCCUGCUGCUGCUGAGACUGCUCGUCUUGAGCUGUGUUCAAUGCCGCUUCUAUGGAUUGUGCUUCACCCUAAUUCAAAGGCAGGAUAUCUAACUUCAAGCAGGCUCAUGAAGUACAAGGGAAAGGCCUCCAGUCCCAUGCUGCAAACAUAGGUGUCUUCAGAGGAGACUUAUUAACAGGGAUAAUAAUGGUUUUGCUCUUAAACUGUUUUUGCAUAAUAUUACCCAGAACACUCCAAGCCUUCUAUCUAAACCUGGAUAAGCUCUAGUCACGUAAUCUUCGCGUUGUCCUGUGGUACUCUUUGCUGGGAAGUGACUCAAACUCACAGAUCAGAUUAACAUCAAGCCAAUCUCUGGAUGUGAUCUACUGGAGCAAUUCAGUGGGAAUACCUGGUCCCUUGCGAGAGUCCCCUUCCCUAUGGGCAGUUCCUAAAGGAGGGAGAGCCAUGUGCUGUGGGGACAGUAAUACAGAGGGGGAUAUUUAUUAAUGUACUCCAUUCAGAUACAAAGGAUCCGGCCAGGUCUGCAUAAAUUGAGAUUAGUAUAGGGUAACCUGUAGCCUGCAAAUAGUGUUGGAAUGAUCGGAACUCCUGACCCACAGUUCGAGUCAGGGUGAUGGCUAUGGAAGAAACUUGAGUAGCUGAAUAUUCCAGCUGUUGCAAGAGCUCCCAAGCAAACGCUAACCGGAGGUGCUUUACUCUCCCCGUUAGUGAAGUGCUGGAUUGUCUCUGCAUAGCUGUCAAUGUGGGGACUGUUCUGUAUUUAAGUGUUUUGCAUUAUGUCUCUUUUAUUAGAGGUCAAUUUUUGUGCUUUCUCAGAGGUCUGCUCACCCUGCUGAUGAAACCUGGUAGCAGACUAGCCAUAAUUGUACCAUAACUGGGGGGUUGUUAGCCUUCAGAUGUCAGGUUCAUGCUGUGUUCCAACUCCUAAAGACUGGUCAAAGUUCUGUGUAGCUUAGUGAAUUUCUAGAGGGAGAGUUUAUCUUUGUUGGUGUUGGGGCUGUUAGCCGCUCUGAUAGUGCCUGACAUUUUUACUCUCGUACGCCUGUGCUGCUUCGGAGUAGCAGUUUCUGUGAACCAGAAUAAAUGUGCUAGUAAAAAGGAUGCAGCAGUGUCUUUCUGCUUGGAGGUGGAGGUGGAAUUUUAAACAAAGUGGUUGGUGGCCUCCCCUUUUACUGAAAUCCUUCCUAUGGGAUAGACUCUUUCCCAUAAGAAACGGGGCGGUUGAGAGAAUACCAUGGCUCUCACAGUUUACGAGCAACAAUGGCUGCUCCCCAUGCCUUUUAAUCACUGUGUCUCUGUUGGGCAGCGGCUGGUCCAAGAGACCAUGUGAUCCAUCUACGGAGCUCCCCUGUGCUAGAGAGGCCAGUACUAACUAGCCUUUUGUAAUUGUAAAGACUAUUGCUGCACACAGGCAUCAAACGGGAU